AUGCUUGCUAAUGCCUUGAUCAUCAAAAAGAGUUUUAGUGUACAGCAAGUGCUAGACAUACGUGAUGCGCUGUCUUUCACCACUGAGCACAACUAUUUCCUCUUCAACAAGAACAUCUACUUGCAGAAACAAGGAGUUCCUAUGGGCUCCCCGCUAUCUGCAGUCUUGGCCGAGCUCAUUAUGAGAGAAAUCGAGCGUAGAAUUUUCAACUCUCCCCUUACCAUCAAGUAUCCGGCUCUAUACUUACGUUAUGUUGAUGAUAUCCUAAUAGUAUGGGAGGAUACAGAGGAGGAAUUUAUCAAGUUUGUGCAGCAACUGUCAAGCAUAUACCCUACUAUCAGUUUCACCUGGGAGAGGGAGAAUGAGGAUGCAAUAGCGUUCCUGGACCUAUUUAUAAAAAAGUCGGUUGAGGGGCCGCAAUUUUCUGUUCAUCACAAGUCCGACCUGUUACCGCAUAUUAUCCCGGCAGAUGCUUUUCAACCGUCGCGGUACGUUAAUGCCGCCAUCGCUGCACUUAUUAGAAGGGCAUUACUACUUCCGUCGACGCAACUAGCAACAAAAAUCGAAUUAGACAUCAUCAGAACAGCGGUAUCUCUUGCAGGGUUUACGUAUGGUAAAUAUGAACAUGUGCUCCGUAAAGUAAAAGAGGCCCUAUACCCAUGUACCACGUUGUACAGAAAAGAAAAAGCAUCCAUAAUCCAGUCUCCAUUGCCGUAUCUUGGACCAACUUCUAUACGCAUCAGCCGCAUAUUUCGGCGGUAUAAUUUCAUACUACCCAUAACCCCCCUACCAAACUUACGCAGAUGUAUCUGCAACGAUCGGGACAGGCUAACCACUUUAGAAAAGUCAGGGGUUUAUACGAUACACCUAGAAAAUCCGGCAACGGGCGAAGUUACAAGAUAUAUAGGAGCAACAACAAGAAUGCUCGCCUCCCGCCUUGCUGAGCAUCAGGAAGAUAUAGCUAAAGGAAGAUGCUCUACAGAACUCGCUAAAAAAGUUCUCGAGCAAGGAUACAACCCGUUAUGGCCCAGAACGGCAAUAAUUAAAUGCUGCAACAAUCGAAGACUUGUGUUCAUCUGGGAAGCGCUUCUCACAGCCACUUCAGAAGCAUACAAUGUUCCCACCCUCGAUCUACCCGGGGUGUGGAUUGCCUUGUAUCUGCGCCUAAAAAACGAAAUGCGCCCAACAUCGUAUCGCCAAACGCGGUAG